AGGCGGGUGGCAGUGGCGGAGAGCCGGGUGGCGUCGCGGCCGACGAUGCAGGCGUUUGCGCCGAGAGAGAUGAGUGCGCCGACUUGGACGGAGCAGAUGCUACCCGAGCCGCCCGUGCAGAAGACGACGCGACCUGAGAAUUGGUUGGGCGUCCAGACGGGGGAGAGGUACUUCAUCGGUGGUGCGGGCGGCGAGGGGGGUGAGGGGGUCGUCAUUUUGCGUUGUUGUGGAGGGGGUGUGAAGGGGCGGUGGUGGUGCUGGUGGUGAGGGCGGGAGGACGUGAGGUUACAUAUGGGGUUGGUAUUGGGGCUGAUAUUCGGGAGUGGACUCGUGACGAGCGGUGGUUACGCGGGCCGAGGUCGAGGCCGAGGUGACAUGGGACAGCUGAUUACUGUCAUACUCAUCUGUGGUUGUGUGGAGAAGCGAGCGAACUCGGUACCGAUGUCGGUGUCGGUGUCGGUGUCGGUGUCGGUGUCGGUGUCGGUGUCGGUGUCGGUGUCGGUGUCGGUGUCGGUGUCGUGUCGUGUCGUGUGUGCGUCAAAGUGAAUGAGAAGAGAGAAGUGCAAAGCAAGCGAGAGAGAGAGCGAGAGGGACGGAGCGGAUUAAUAUCUCUCUCAAGUCUCCAUUCGCGCCAAAUCGGAUUGGGAUUGCGAUUGGGAUUGCGAUUGGGAUU